AUGUCCAAUAUUAAUUUGCAAUGUUUGCUGGGAAUUCAGUGUGAUGAUUUUGUUAUGAUUGCUGCGGAUCAAACAAACGGCCAUAGUAUUAUGGUGAUGAAAGAUGAUGAGGAGAAGAUUUACAAGAUAUCUGACAAAUUGGUCAUGGGUGUAAUUGGUGAUUCUGGUGACACAACUCAGUUUGCAGAAUACAUUGCAAAGAAUAUUCAACUCUAUAAGAUGCGAAACGGAUACGAAUUAGGACCAUCUGCUGCCGCUAAUUUUACAAGAAGAAAUCUUGCGGAAUAUCUUAGAAGUAGUACUCCUUAUUUUGUGAAUAUACUGAUGGGAGGCUAUGAUAAAGAAAAUGGCCCAGAAUUAUACUUCAUGGACUAUUUAGCAUCUAGUAUGAAAGUGCCAUUCGCUGCCCAUGGCUAUGGUGGUUACCUUAGUUUGAGUAUUAUGGACCGUUAUCACAAGAAGGAUGCUACUGAAGAAGAAGCAUAUAAUAUCCUGAAAAAGUGUGUACAAGAGGUUCACAAGCGUUUGUUUGUGAGCUUACCAAACUUCCAAGUAACUGUAGUGAAUAGAGAUGGAAUCAAAGUAUUGCCUGUCAUCAACUCUGCAUCUAUCAAA